UUCCUGUAUUUAUCUGAAGUCUCUCUGUGGAAUAAGUGAAAAGAGUUUUAGCAGCACGCCUGAACGAGUGUCUUCGUCUUCUGUAAGGCAGUUAAUCUUUGAUAAGCAUCAUGGGAUCCAGUGAGAGCAAGCCAGCUGUGUCUGCACCAGUAAAACCAGAACCAGCUGUUAAAAACAGAGUCUUACAACUGGAUCCUCGUUCCCCUUCAACAGGAAUUGAUCGUACACCCAUUCAGGUUUGUGGGCCUGUGUCCAAAGCUGUUGCUGAGGUUAAAAGUGAGUGUCCACUGGCGUUCACCGAUCCCCGCUCACCUUCUGUUGGAGUUUCCCGCACCCCUGUCAGAGAAGUCAUGCGAGUGACAGUUGGGUCCUUUGCUCGCCGCCUGGGCAUUUUUUUACAUAAUGAGACUGAAGGUACCGUCCCUCAGAAGUGCUUCAGUGAGUCUGUGGAGGAGGAGGAGGAGGUGGAGAGUGAAGAGCUGGUUUCAACUGAUCCCCUUUUGUCCCCUAAACCCUCCCUUGUCUUCAGCUAUCUGGCUGAACAUGCUAACCUUCUGGCCACUCCUCAAAUGUCUGUUCCCCAAAGUGCCGAUGAGUCCACUCCCUUUGUGCAUCUACAUGAGCCCCAGGACGAGGUGGAGGUAGAAACUGAGGCAGACUUUAGCCUGGAGGAGGCUGAAGAAGCAAAAGAGUCUCCUCUUCACAAGAGACUGAGCAUGAGCCUGAUAACUUGCCACGAGGGAGCAACUUCAUCCCAGGUCUUUGCUGAGGUGCAUCGUGAUGGUGCUUCACCUCCAGCUCAGAUUGAGAAGGUGGAGCCACUUGGGGAUGGUGUGGAUCAUUCAUAUGUUCUUCGUUCAGUCACUGUUGAACCAGAGUCUCUAGUUGAGUCUUCCCUACCCACUUGUUCCCAAGAGUGCCCAGCUGAAGUCUCCUCUGAGAAGUCAGAAAAGCAAGCAGAGCAAUUGCCAGCUUCUGAGGAAACAAAGGAAAUUGUUGAAUCUUCUUUGCCUUCUGCGUCCGCCCCACCAGAGCCACCAACUGCUACCCACCCAGAGCAGCCACAGCUCUCUACCGGCAUCCGCUGCCCCACCUUUGACUCAAAAAGCCCAAGUCAGGCUGUGUUCAAGCCGCAGUGGUUAGGAAAAGGUUUUGGAGCCACUGGGCUAAGAGCUAGAGGACCACAGGGUGGAAAAAGUGGCUCUUCUCCUCUUGCUGUCCGUGUGGCCGUGAAAAAUAUAACCAACGAAAACAAGCGACAGUCUGGAAAACUGAAGAAGAACGGUACUGAAGGCCGUUCCCCGCUGCAGAUCCUGAAGACGACCAACUCGCCCAGGGAUCAACAGCCUCAGAUGACGCUGAAGGUGUCCACCCCAGAUAAGCAGAGGCUUGGACAGGUGGACCGCAGAGUGUUGGCAGCGUGUUUGAAUAAGGAGAAUCGAUGAUUCACUGUAACACUGUGUACAAGAUUCCAGCCACUUUCUGCUUUCCUAUUUCUUUACUCAGGCUUUUAUGUGUACAGCUCUCUUAAAUAGUUUGUUCUGUAUAUAUAACUUCCAGUUUUCUAUCCUGUUUUAUCUCCUUGUAAAUACAAAUAAAAAUUAUUUGCAUUAAA